GGUGUGCACUGGGAUGGAGGGGCAGCACAGAGGGAGUUUUGUCCCAGGAUGGAGAGGGGUUUUGUCCUGGGACAGAAGUGUUUCCAAGGACUGAAUGUCCUCCUGGGCUCUAGCCAAUCUGUGUGUUCAGCCAAGGGGUGCUGGUGGUGCUGGUGUUGCUGGUGGUGGUCCUGGAUGUUUUCAAGGAUGGCUGGUCCUUGAAAUGGCCACAGCCGGGCAGGAGCUGGGUUUGGCUCUGCCCGGGGGUCGCUCUCCCCGCCGUGCCCCUUGCAGGGGCCGUGCCUGGCUCCCGGGUGCCGCGGGCGCCCGGCGCGGAGCCUGCCCAGGGUGGAGUUAUGCUAAUUCUGCUCCCCAGCCCUCGGCACAGUCGGUGCCACUCGGCAUCUUCUGCUGGCCACGGGCGACACCGGCUGUGCCAUGGCCACCUACCCCGAGCUGCAGCCUGGGCAAGAGGUACGGGGGCAGCGCCCGUCCCCGGCGCGGCGGGAGAGGGGAGUGGGAGGCACGGACCACCUCGGUGCUGCGGGAUGGUGCCACAGCUGGUCCUCUGUCCCUGGGACAGCCCUGCCGGGGGCCGCACUUACUGCAGGAACCCCAAGGAUGCGGCGCAAACCUCGGUGCAGCGGCACUGCCGAGUUAAUCGGCCAGGGGUGGGGGGAGAGGACGAGCCGCAAAGGGCUGGAGCCCCGAGAGAUGGAGCGGCAGUAGGGCUGGAAGCGCUCGCCGCUGGUGGUGGCAUCACCUCCCAUCCCCGAGUGUCCCCGGCCGGGUUGUGCUGUGCUGGGGGCUGGCGCUGAGGCCCCCCAGGUCAAGGGCGGUGAGGAAGAGGAUGCUGCGAUCACACAGACCCACCGAGCACUCGGGACCUGCUGGGGCAGAGGGGAGCACGGGGGUCCCGCAGCCCCCGCCGUGGGGCCACCUGCUGCCCCGCAGCCUGGCCCCGUGGUCCCCGUGCUGUGGCCGCGGGGGCAGCGGGAGCGGGGCCCGGCGUGCGAGCGCUCAGCCGCGGCAGCGCCGUGACCUUGUUUCCAGCCCGCUAAUUCCGCGCAUCUCGCCUUGCCGCCGGCACCGCUGCCCGCCCCGCCAGCCAGCGGGGACACGGCGAAGGGGAGCACACGUGUCCCCACGGAGGGAUCUCUCCUCGAGGCCCCGGUCUGGGGCGGCACUGACCCCCGGCUGGGAGCCUGCAGAGUUACGGGCUCCCCCGGCCCCUGCGUGCCUCUCCUUUGGAGUCUCACUGCCCGUGGGGCUGGGCUCGCCUAGCAAUUGCCUUGAGAUCUUGGGGACAUUGGUGCCUGCUGGCAGCAGGGCUUGGUCCCACGGGAGCCUCUGCCGGACGUGCCCUUGGGAACGCGUGUCCUCCCGCCAGCGCUUGUAAACAGGAUGCGGAGCCAUCCCAAUCCUGGUGUCCCCAUCCCUCGUCCCAGCCCCGCCACCCCACAGGGCAGCAGCUGGGGGCAGCCCUUGCCCCCUCCGGGACAGGCAGAGCCAGGGUGAGGAGGCCUCGGGGUCCUGGUCAUGUCUGUCGGCCGGGUCCCCUGCCCGGGCUGUCUCCUGGGACUGUGGGGACGGGACCCCCUUGAGCCACCGCCCAUGCUGACAGCCUGUGAGCGGGCAGCGGGUGGGGGGCACGGGCACCAAGGGAUCCCUGCCCAACAUCUGCCUUCCCCUGCCUGCAGCCCCGCUCAGGUCACCCCACAACUGCUCAUCUCUUCUCGUUCUCUCUGCCUCCUCCCGGCUCCCUCUUUGUCCUCCUGGCAGGCCAUGGGGCGCGGGGGGGUCCUGGCUGCCCCAGAAGACCCCAAGGAGUGGCGGGGUGCCCAGGGGGAAGGUGCCCACCCCUGUCCCCCGGAGUCCCAGGAGCUGGCUGCCGUCCCCACGCCGCAAGUCAUAAAGCGUUUCCUGAAGGAGGACUCGGACGAGGCUGAGCUGACCCAGUUCCUGCGGGAUUGCCCACCAGCUGACAGCACCAGGAAGGUGGAGGCCCCAGAGGGCCGGCGGGAGCCCGGCCAUGCCCUAGGCAGCGUGGCCAGGGUCCCCCCAGACGAAGCCAGUGAUGAGAGGGACUGCAGGAUCUUCUCCCGCUCUCGGCCCCCGGAUUUUCAGCAGCACAUCGCCGCCCCCCCGCCCCCCAGCCCCAACCGCCCGCGGAGCCCCUGGGGGCAGCUGGACCCCUACGACUCCUCUGAGGAUGACAAGGAGUACGUGGGCUUUGCCACACUGCCCAACCAGGUGCAUCGCAAGUCGGUGAAGAAGGGCUUCGACUUCACCCUCAUGGUGGCAGGGGAAUCUGGGCUGGGCAAGUCCACCCUGGUCAACAGCCUCUUCUUGACGGACAUGUACAGGGACCGCAAGCUGCUCAACGCCGAAGAGCGCAUCACGCAGACAGUGGAGAUCACCAAGCACGUGGUGGACAUCGAGGAGAAGGGGGUCAAGCUGCGCCUGACCAUCGUGGACACGCCGGGCUUUGGGGAUGCUGUCAACAACACUGAGUGCUGGAAGCCAGUGGCCGACUACAUCGACCAGCAGUUCGAGCAGUAUUUCCGUGACGAAAGUGGCCUCAACCGGAAAAACAUCCAGGACAACCGAGUGCACUGCUGCAUCUACUUCAUUUCGCCCUUCGGCCAUGGGCUCCGGCCCCUGGACGUGGAGUUCAUGAGAGCCCUGCACCAGCGCGUGAACAUCGUGCCUGUGCUGGCCAAGGCUGACACCCUGACCCCUGCUGAGGUGGAGCGCAUGAAGAACAAGAUCCGGGAGGAGAUCGACCACUAUGGCAUCCGCAUCUACCAAUUCCCUGAGUGUGACUCGGAUGAGGAUGAGGAAUUCAAGCUGCAGGACCAGGCACUGAAGGAGAGCAUCCCCUUUGCCGUCAUCGGCAGCAACACGGUGGUGGAGGCCAAGGGCCGGCGCGUCCGCGGGCGCCUCUACCCCUGGGGCAUCGUGGAAGUGGAGAACCCGUCCCACUGCGACUUCGUGAAGCUGCGGACGAUGCUGGUGAGGACGCACAUGCAGGACCUCAAGGACGUGACGCGGGAGACGCACUAUGAGAACUACCGCACGCAGUGCAUCCAGAGCAUGACCCGCAUGGUGGUCAAGGAGCGGAACCGCAACAAGCUGACCCGGGAGAGCGGGACAGACUUCCCCAUCCCCGUGAUCCCCUCGGUGCCGGACGUGGAGACGGAGAAGCUCAUCCGGGAGAAGGAUGAGGAGCUGCGGCGGAUGCAGGAGAUGCUGCAAAAGAUCCAGAAGCAGAUGAAGGACUCACACUAGCCCGUCCCUCCUCCUCCUCCUCCCACUCCUGGCCCCAGAUCAGAAAUGUUUACAUCACGCUCCACCCGCCCGGCCCCGCUGCCAGACUCGGUACCAACACCCACCCACCACCUUAAGCUGCGGCAUCGCCUUAUCCAACCGCGGAGCGCCUGUGGGGACACGAGGGGACAGCGAGGGACAGGGCACCCAACCCGGGGUCCCCUGCUCCGGUCCCCCCCACCUCACUGGGGACAGCUUGGUCCCCCAAGUUUUGGUUUCCAAUUUUUCCACAGCUCUGGGGAGGGCUCUGGCCAGCCUGUGUCCCUUGUCCCCAUGUCACCCUGGGCUCCCUGCUUACGGCCUUUAUGCUCAGCUUGGCCCUGGCUUAAAGGAAGAGGAAAGGGGGGCACUGGUGCCAGCCCCUCAAAGGCCCCUGCUGCCCCUCUGUAGGGAACAGGGCUGCUCCCCUGGCCUGGGCUGGCGUGGAGGGACAGCAGCUCCUGGGGACCACAGGGGACAGAGGGGUCGGAGGGACAGUUACCAUCCUGCUCCAUGCCAACACCAGUGCAGGGGACUGUAGCUUGUCAGUGUCCAGCCCUGUGUCCUCACCCUGUCCCCACUGAGUGAUGGCAGGGCUGUGGCACAGGGAGCACUGCAGAAUCAAUGUCCCCAGGGACAAUCCCUUGAACCUCAAAUCAGAGGCUGGGCACCCCCAGCCCCCCAUGAUGUUGCCCCUGUAAAGCAAUAAUGAAUGCCCUGUGCUCGUGACACCUCUCACCCCAUGGCAACAGCACCAGCCCUGGCUGGAAUUUCAGCCCCUGCUGCCACUUGCUUGUCUGUGGUGUCCCUGUGUGCCCAGGAUGUCCCUGUCCCUGCUGCUUCUUGGCACAGCAGCCCUGUGUAUUCUCCAAGGAUAUCCCCAUCCAUGUUGCUUCGCAGCGAAGCAGUGCUGCGUGUCCCCAUGUCCCCCGUGGUGUCCCUGUUCCCUGCCAUGUCCUGGUUGGUGUUGCUGCCCUACAGAGCACUGCAGGCUGUCCCCCCGAGAUUGUCCCCAUCUGUGUUGCUUUCCCACAGAGCUAUUUUGCAUCCCUGUGUCCCCCUGGGAUAUCCCCAGCCAUGUCACCAUCCUGCAGGGCUCUGUGUAGUGUUCCUGUGUCCCCAAGGAUGUCCCCAGCUGUGUUGCUUCCUGCAAAGCCCCACUGUGUGUCCCUAGGGUCAGGCCUGGCCACCUCUCGCAGCACCCCUGGGGACACGGAUCCAAACCCCCUCCUGGGUAUGGGAAAGCCACAGGGGAUGGUGAGAAUGCAGGCAGGACUGGGAGCAGUGGGAUCACUGGGAGCCUGCUGGCGUGGGGAUGUGUCCUGUCCCCAUCAGGGCUCCCCAAGGGGUCCCCCGGGUGAGGCGUGGCUGGCAGGGGCUGUGCCCAGCCGGGGCUCAGGGGUGGGGGCUGCAGGGGGCCAGGGCAGCAUCUGGCCUGUGCCCCCCAUGUCCCCAUGCCAGCGGGGGGUCCUGUGGCCCCCAUGGACAGGGCCCCCUUGGGCAGGGCCCAGCAGGGAAUAUUUAGCGCUUUCCUUUUUUUAAUCUCGCUAUUUUCUUACAGAAGCCCCUCCCCUGGCAUGAUAGUCCUAGAGGCAUUUAUUAACGGAUCAGAGAGUAUAGGUUUAUAAAUUCUUAUAGAGUAGUGGAAAUAUUUUUAUCCCUCCACAACCAUUCUCAAUAAAUACGGCUGACCUUG